AUCUACGAAGUUGGGUCGGCCUUGUAGAAUUGAAUCUAGGUACGAAUCAGCUGACAAAAUUGCCAGAUGACGUGGAACACUUGACCAAUCUGGAAGUGCUUAUUUUGAGUAACAAUCAAUUAAAACGGAUACCUUCUACGAUCCAGGAAUUACGAAAAUUGCAAGUGUUGGAUUUAGAAGAGAAUCAUUUAGAUUGCUUACCGGUGGAGAUUGGUGAGUGUUUUAUGCAUCUCGCACUUUGCAUGUCGUUUGUUUUGUUCCCUUUUAUUUAUUUUUUAAAGCUGACUAUUCUAGGUUCUGUCUUCUCAGCGUCUUGCUCUUAUUCCAAGCUGGUGUCUGCACCUCUAUCCACCAGUCAGUCAGUCACCGUUUGCAGAAUACCAAAUCUAAACUUUUCCCAUCGUUAA